AUGGAGUUAAAUAACCUGGGUUUCUUUUAUGUUUUAGGGUUUAAGUGCCCGGUAUGCUCAAAAUUUGUACCCUCAGAUGAAAUGGAUUUGCAUCUUGUGAUGUGUUUAACAAAGCCAAGAAUAACCUAUAAUGAGGAUGUGCUGAGUAAAGAUGCUGGGGAAUGUGCAAUAUGCCUUGAAGAAUUGCAGCAGGGAGAUACCAUAGCACGACUGCCUUGCCUGUGUAUAUAUCAUAAAGGCUGCAUAGAUGAAUGGUUUGAAGUAAAUAGAUCUUGUCCAGAGCACCCUUCAGAUUAAGCAUCUGAUUCCUGUGUCAUGGGUUUUCUUGUCUUUUCAAGAUGCUUGAGAAAUCUGGAAGAUUUGAAGAUCUGUCUCUGGAAAAAAAAAAAAAAAUGAAAACUGCAGGCUUACUCAGCCCAGGAUCUGAGUUCUGUGACACUGAGUGCUCCAGAGAUGGAUGGGAACCACAGAACUUGAGUGCACCAAACUUGCAUAUAAGGGACACACAGGGACUUUGAAAAUGCUGCACAUCCUGUACUAGUCACUGCGUAGAUGAUACUGAUAAACAUUUUGUAUUUGGACGCCAAAGUUAACUAAUUUCAAAGUUGAUUUACUUUUUAUUAAGUUCUGUAGAGCUGCUGUUUUAUUGUAUUUGUUUUGUUUGUUUGUCUGUUUGUUUUUAGUUUGGGGACUUCAUAUUUUCCCCAGCAUAAUGUUUUUGCAUUCACCUGUUCUUAACUUGAAAACCAUCCAAUUUAGUUUUUACAAACUCUUCAAUGUGAAACCAAGAAAUGUAAUCAAAACAGUAUAAUAUUCUGUGAAUGGAGAGGAUAAUCUUAAGUUCUUCCUCCCCCCCCCACCCAUGUGUGAAACAUAGACUUCUGGGUAGGAAAGCUAAAUAUGCUAGUAGUUUGAAUUAAAGGUUUAAUAUUAUAAAAAUGCCAUCCAAAGAGUAAAUCAAGUUACAUAAUUACAUUUUACUUAAUUAAAUGUAGAACUGUCUGCUGAAUUGCAGUUUCUGAAAUACAUUGUUUCUUUUGAAAUAAAACUGCACAAUAGCUUGUUAGCAGUGACCAUCUUGCAGCUAUGCAACUUUGAAAAGUCUAGAUUUGCAGGUCUUCAUGCUGGGGCUGCAGUGACUGUCCUAACAGGGGUCUUUUCUUCCUUUCGUGUAACUACUUCAUUGUGCUUUGCAUUGCCAGGCAGUUUUCCCAUGUUUGGUAAAAUGUUUAGCAAGUUGUAAAUGUAAUACCUUAUGAAAAGGGUGAAAUAAACACAUCUGCAGUGGGACUUGUAGUAAUUUGAGGGACAUUUUAUAUACUUUUAAAAAUCAGAAUAUAAUUGGGAUGCCAGAUUUCUAGCAACUUGCAUUUUUAGUUUUCCAGAUAAUCUGGAAGUUAGCAUUUGAUAAAUGAUUUUUAAGAAAAUAUAAAGAUUUUGUUAAUUUAUAAUUUAUUAAUGUGUUGUUACUGUAAUUGAAAAUGUUGUGGAUACUUUUAAAUUGAGUCUUUGUAGAAAGAACUGUAUUAAGCAAAAUUAUGUGAAUAAAUAUUCCCCCAAAAUACAUCUGAUGGUUAAGAAUACUGGAAGAGUGCUGUCAGGCUGCAACAGUGGAUGUCUUUUUAAAAAACAUAUCAGAAUACUACAAGUAGGUUUCCUCAGGAGAAUGUUGCUCCCGAUCUAGUCCAUGCCGCACAGUCCUGCUGCCCUGCUGAGCUGCCCUGGGGGUUGAAGUGGGUGCUUCUCAGAUGCUGCUACUCGUACCUCUCAUUUGUCCCCAGCCCUGUGGCUUCUGCUGCCUCUUUUUCAGAAGGGCAAGGGCAGAAGGGCAGGGGUCUUCCCAGAUAAUGGGAAGAGCUGCACUGCUUUCCUACGGUUAAGCCAUGGGCUGUUAUGGUCAGUGGUCAGACACCCAGAACCUCAGUGUGGCAGCUGCCAGCACAGCUCUGUAGCUGCCUUUUUUCAGCCAGUUGUAGGAAGUUACUCUUCCCUCGGGGGAAAUUUUCUUUCCUUAAGUUUUUUUUCUGUUAAUAUGAAAUCUGAAUCUGAAUCCAUUUCACUUCAUCUUUCAGUCUGUAAGCUUUCUUCUUCUCUCUGAUUUUCCCCAAGCUCUUAGAAUGUGAAUAAUUGUUUUGCUUUCUACUACUGGUGUAUUGUUGUGGUAAGAAUUAUGUCCACUGUCUUCUCUUCUUGGAGAGCAGCUGUGGUAAUUAAUAUUUAGAAUCCCCUGGAAGGUGACCUGCUUUGUGUCAAGCUCAGCUUCCUGGACAUCUUGCCUCAGUUCACCCUUCCUUCACACUGUCCUCCUGCGGUCCUGACGGCUCAUGUGCCUUGGCUGCUGCCUCCAAGUACCGUGAGGUCAGAGCGCAGUGCUGCCCUGUCGAGGACAGACGGACUAUGCUUGUCUGGGUAGCGUUUACUGAAACAGCCUUUUUAUUUCUCAUAUUUUAUAAAAUUAGCAUUUUUACUUUAAAUUUUGUUUGCAAUGAUUUCCUAUAAAGAUCAAUUUAGAAAUAGAAGAAAAGAGAGGAGCUCAGAUAUUCCAGUUUCUGUUCAAAGUUCCUGUUCUAGGAAUGUUCUGUACAUGAGACUUUAUAUAGCAUUGCUUAUAAUAUUUAUCAGUCUGUGUGCGGACACUGAGUAGUAUCAGUCAUAAAAUUAUGUUAGCUAUCCGACCUGAUACUAUUAGCUAACUACUAUUAGCUAACUAUUAGCUAACUAACUGCUAUUAGCUAACUACUGAUAGCAAAUACUAUGGAGAUGGAAUCAAAACUGGGGGCCUCACUUACCCAGCCAAUCAUCCCCUUCUAGAGUCUUUGUAAAUGCUCCUCGGAUAAGGUCACAUGUGUAUGGAGAAGGAGGCACAUGCUUGGGUUUCUCUAGCGCCACUUUGUCCAUAGUGAAUCUAUUGCCAUUUUUUUUUCUCCUUUAACCUGGCUUUUCAUUUCCUCUUCACCAAGAUAUUUAAGAGAAGCACUGUUCUCUUUAGAAAUCCAUUCACUGUAGUUGGCCCUCUCUAGAGCAAUAGACAUAAUGAUUUUCAAACCAAGCUACCAAUCAGACUGCAUGAUUGUUUUAAGAAGAGUGUUUCUGAUUGUUAGUAAGCAGUGCUGUCUGCCUGACUUGUGUUAGGUGACAACAGAAGCCACAGUGUAAAGUCAUGUUGACCGGAGUGUACAGAGUUGGGCUCUCCAGUGCAAGUCUUCUGCAUUCUUUGUUACAUAAUAACUCGGUUUCCACCCCUUUAGACACUAGAAUGCAGCCCAGAAUAACAAGGACAAUCCUGAGCAGAGCUGCAGCGCGCACAACAAAGCUGUUUCCACCUGCUUGAGCACUCGGGAACGGCAGUGCCUGUUCAGACCUUAUGUCACACUGUGGUUCUAAGUCUGGGUGUGGUGAGGUUUCAGAGACCCGCCGUGCUCAGGAAACAGGAUUACCAUGAGGUCCAGGCUGGCCUGGGCUGCAUAGUGAGUUCUAGACUAGCCUGUCUCAAAAACAAACAAACAAACAAAAGCAAUCAUUUUAAUAUGUUACAGCAAGACAUAGGCAUGUUCCUUUCAGUGAAAGGGAUGGUGGAGUCAAUGUAAAUAGUACCUGCUUUCCUGUACUGACCUGAGUGAAGUACGAGGAUGGCCCCAGCAGGGAGCCAAUGGUGAGCAGAGCUCGAACUCUCACAGUUGGAGAGGAGUUGUGUCUGUAACCUGACUGAUAGCCACACUGCGCAUUGGCCUUUUGACCAGAUAGCCUUAUGCUUCACAGAGGAGGUUUCCAUCUAAACCAGAGCCAAUUGUCAGGGUGCACAAAGUUAGCUAGAGGCAAAUGGUGCUCUUGCCAGCAGUGCCAUUUGCUGGUUCUAGGCGCUCUGGCGCCUUCAGCCAUUUUCCUGUGGGUUUGGUUUACCCUGGUGUAAAUUCGGCAUUCACUGGCAGCAAGAGAUGAAGUGUGAAAUGCCCCUUGUCAAUCACUGUACAGAUAUUUUAACUUUAAAACUCUUAGCAUGCCAGUACUUUGGAGCCCAUUCUCUUCCUUUUCCUAAAAUAUGUCACUUGUAAUAUUUUCUUAGCUGUAUGGUAUGACUGCAGUGACCUUACCUGUUUCACUGCCCACUCUUUUCUCCUCACUUCUGCUGAAUCUGAAUGGUUGCUGCUCCACACUCCUGGUAGUGAUGCACUCCUGAAACCGUUGAUAAGGCACUUUUGGUGAUAACGUACCCAACUAAUACUCUUUACCAUAUUCCGUAAAUGUGCUUAAACUAGGAAAUAGAAAAAUAAAUAAAUAAAUCAAAGAGUUCUCUAUCUUAAGUGGGAAAUUCCUCAUCUCCUAAGUCUGUGGACUUUCUUUUAGAACUUAAAAGGCCUUGAACACCUUAAGAAAUGUUAAUAUUUAGUCAGUUGAAUAUGCACAAAUUAGUCAGUUGAAUAUGCACUGUCAUUGACCUCACAGGUUGGUUAUAUAGAUGUCCAAACUCUAAUUUCUUGACCAGUGGCUGAAAAUAAGAUUGUUUAAUUUUGUUUUGGUCUCUUUGUUUAUGGAGAAGCAAAGAGCAGUUGGCAUGAACUAGCAUCCCCACAAAUGAAGAAUGUGAUACUGUACCAUUUAUUGGCAUUCUAUGUUUCUUAGCUCUGUCUCUGGCCCAUGAGGAUCUCAAGAUUGGACAGACAUAAGUGAUAUUCUCCUGUCACUGAAGAGACAUUUCUGAUUUAGUAUGUUGGAGUUGACAUGUACCGAUCAUUUGUUUGGGAAACUUCACAACUGCUUGCCUAUUGUCAGCUGUAACUGGCGCCAGAAAUGUUUCCUUCAUUUGUCAACCACGUGCGUAUCUGGUAUGCAUGAGAGGUUGAGGCAGAGGCGAGGAUCACAGGUUUGAAGCCAGCUUGGGCUACAUGGUAUUUGAGAUCAGCCUGAACUACAAAAUGAGAGCUUGUCUCAAAGUUUGAUUGUAGUCUUGUUAGAGUGUUUGCUUGUACAUAGUACACUCAGGAGACAUUGGUCUGGGAAGAAAUGACAGAGCAUCGGACUUGGUGGCACUGAUUAGCAGUUGCUGUAUGUCUCUGCAGGUGACUUGUCAUGCGGGUUUCUUUGGUUGAAAAUCACAAUAUUUGUCUCCAUUGAUUUGCUCCAGGUUCCCCAACUUUUCUAUAAUACCUCUUGAUUUCCUCUAUCAGAAAGUAUUUUAUUCUUCUUGUUAAAUAAGGCCCUGGAACUAGAGAAAAUGUAUUAGGAACAGCCUGUAUUAGUGUGAUCUCAACAGAAACGGAACAGCUCAUCAUUGAUAUUUUAAUAAAUAAAAUUUCCAAAUGAUCUUGUUAAACUCUCCUGCUCUUUGGAAGUAGAAAAUCAAGAGUGCUCUGAAGGGAAGUUGUUGUGUCCUACCUAUUGUCUUUAAGUUGACAGUGCAUUGCAAUAGAACAUCUGAAUGCUGAAAAGUUGCCAUGCCGUAAUUGAUGUUAGGCCUCUAUUUUAUUACCCAUAAUAGCAAAGCUAGAUCUAAAAGUAUCAAAAUUUCUCAUAAGCUUAUGGUAAUGGACAAAGGCAUGUGUUUUCCCAUGACUGUAGGUAAAGGUGUCCUCUGGAAUACCUGAUCUAAACCUUUACAGUUACCAUGGAAAUGCAGCGGGAGCCCUGUUGGGAAGGGUGCACUGUGGGUAUGGAGCCACACUUUGUAGACUUCGUUUGUUUCACAAUUUGCCUUUAUUUUUGGAAGCAAUUUUUAAGAUAUAAACAACAUUGGGUUCUGUAGUGAACCAAUUAAGAAACUAGGCUUUGGGGCUGGACCUCCUAGUCUUGGGCAUCUCUGGCCAUGGGUUUUAUUCUCUGUGCCUUGCCUUGGUCUUCUGAUAUCAGGACUCCUGUAUUAAUAAGAAGGUAUAUGUAUUCCAAGUCAGUAAUAUACAUAAAUGUUGAUUACUAAACAAAAACAUUUGUACCCAUUUAUGAUUUUUAUAAUACAUUUAUCAUGAAGUAUCAUGGUAACAUCUGAGAUCUUAACUUGUGUUUUGAAAGAAGCCAUGGAUUAACAGAGCAUUGUGGGUUCUGAUUUCCAUUCUCAUCAUUUGGUGAAAGUGCUGUUUGAACAACUUUACAUUAAGGAUUUUGAUUCCAUGCUUCUUGGAACUAGGAACAUAGUAAUGAAAGUCAGCUGGCCCCUGGGAGCUUAAUUUAAAUUACUGUUGCACACUGGAGAGUAAGUAAUGAGCUGUAGCAGACAUAUUACAAUGUAAUACGACUCAGAAGAGAUGAGCGCAUGAUUAGGUCUUUAAGAAUAGAUAGAUGGCCGGGCUCUGGAGAAAGUGGGUAAAGAGAAGUGUACAGUAGACAGAAAAUGAGAAAAUCAGCCUUCACUCUAUCUAGGGAGGCAAGCAAACAGCAGCUCAUGCAGUGUGUGUGUGUGUGUGUGUGUGUGUGUGUGUGUGUGUGUGUGUGUGUGUGUGUGUGUGUGUCUAGCUGCGGUAGAGGACUUUCAGCAGGAAAAAGACAGCCUUGUUUACAUUCCAGAUUGGAGAAGGGAGACUGGAGGCAGAAAGGCCUAUUAGAAAUCUAAAGUAACUCGAAAGAUGAGCGGGAAGUAAAGAGGACUGAGACUUAGGAAGGAAAGUUGACUCACCUCAGUCUCCUCCUUGCAGAGAGGCAUAGAGAGCUGGUGGGACAACUCCUUGUUUUUGUGUAUCGCGAAAGGUUGACAGUACCUGGGAAAAUCCGAUUCUGCCAGGAAUAUCCUAAAGAGCCAUACAUAAGGAACGUACGUAUGAAAAUGAAUUGAGGUGGAGGACUGGAUAGAGGUUUGAGAACAAAGCCAUACACGAAUACUGGCAGUUGCUUCAGGGUCACGGUACCUUAGGGCUUCAAACAUUGCCAGCACUAACUCUAGAGUGAGGGGCACGGAGUUACUUAGCACUCUAGCUUGGCUAAGUUGGACCUCUCUUGAAGCCCCAUUGCCUUAGCUCCUGUUGCUCUGACCCUUGCUUAGUGAGUGCCAACCUGUGCCCUGAAACACUCUUGAGAGUUUUGUCUUGGGUUCCUUUCCAUUGUGCCUGACUUUAGAUCUUGACAAUGAAAAACAAAGGUACAACUUGGUUUGGGUUCUUGUACACAUCUAUAUCCUGGUGAUGAUUGCUCUUAAAGACAGAUUGGGUUGUGCUCUGUAGAAGGACCAGAAGGCUACAGGUUGCUGUUUCAUGGUCUUUGACUGGUGAAGUCUUGGAGGAGCAGCAGCCAUACAGGUCAAGGAGGCAGCCUGCUGAUGAUCUAGCUGUUAAGCGCAUCCAUGGCAACACCACAACAGAUUACUCUUCAGAGGACAGGAAAUCACAGACCAGACCUGUGAAACAGUGGUAUGUAUCCUGAGAGAUAUAUCCCAAGAUGACAAAAUCCCCUAAGUUUAUAUAUUUCACAUAAAAUGCUUUUUUUAAAAAAAUGUCUGCAAUACCUAAUGCUAAUAUAAAACUUAAAAUUUUGUCAAAUAGUGCUUUACUCCUAAUAAUAUUUUGUGAGCUCUUGAACUAACUAUGUUACGGGAGUCAGACAGACUAUAACCAAAAAGUACCUUCCCAAUAAAAUAAAUUUGACUUUUUACUAUUCCUGAUUUACUUGGUCCUUUGGGAGCUGAGUGACCGGAACAUAGUGUUGGCCAUAGUGUAAAACAACUUUAGGAAAAUAAACAGUUGCAUAUCAUGAGUCCUUGGUAGCUCGUUAAUGCCCGAGAUGUUUAGUGUUAGGUCAGGUGUGGUCACACACACCUUCAGUCUCGGCACUCAGGAGGCAGAGGCGAAUGAGUUUGAGACCAGCCUGGUCUACAACAGGCUGGUACUGAAACUCUCCAAAGAAGUGUAAGUCUAAUCACCACCCAGAUAUCCAGGUUCUGUACACCAAGGAUGACGUACAGUUCAUCUGUUGUUAGAACACAACCAUAGACUGCCCUAGAGUAUUCAGACAUGCAGAUCCAUCUUGCCAUGUAAUCAAUUUGACAAAAAGUCCCCAACUGAUACGUAACUAGGUCUUUGGUUUUCUAUUUUGUUUUCCAUCUCUGAGAUCUAUUUGGAACCAACUCUGUUUUCAGUGCUCAGCAGUUAAGUGACCAGUGGUUGUUGUCCUGGAAAGUCCAGGUUCAGACAACUCUUCCUCAGGAAUGUUUUCUGACUGUUUGUGCCUGGAUAGUUCUGAAGGCUUGAUAAGACCUUGACCUUAUUUGUUUAGCAGCUGCACGUGAGCAGCUCUUGCUCUGUAUUGGGACUCGAUGGAAAUAGUGUCAACUUCAGCAAAAAGAGCUUGAAAACCCUUUGCAAAAUUAGGCGUUUUGUGUAUAUUCACAGACAACUCUGGCCUUCAAUGUGGCUGCAGCUUUUGAUGAUUCUAUUCAGGCUUCGAUUAGCUUGUUCUCCUGCACAGGAGCUGAAGGGUUUGUGAGGUCUGAUGAACCAGAGUUGUUCAUGAGCUCCUUUUAGAUGUAUCACCUCUCAAGUUCUACUUGGCCAUAUUCCUGGCCAUUGUAGUUGACUUUACCAUGUUCAUGCUUGAUGCUGUUAAGCUCAUCCACAAAAUACUCAUUUGCAAAACAGACUUCACGACCUAGUGUGGGGAGCAGUCUAGAAGUAGUGAAGUCUAAAUAUUAUUGAGGCCACUGCCCAGAUUGCCAAAGGGUCUUGUGCUCCAGUGUCCAGCUGAAGGGAGUUCCUUCAGAUUGAACUGUGCCCUGGGAGAGGCAUGUUAAAUGUUUGUGCCUUUUGAUGCCUGUGAGUCAGUAAUUUCUCAGAAUGUGGCCAAGCAUUAAGAUUGACUCGAGAGGCAACAGGGAAUGUGGGGGCAGCUCUUUAAAUCUGUUAAGGCCUCAGCCUUACCACAUGGGCUCUAGGCUAAUCUUUGCAGUGUGGUUCUAUUGGGUAUCCAUACUCUGGAAUGGGUUCAAGAGACCUCAGACCUGUGCAGCCAGGUCUUGACAUCUCUUCUUCGGCUCUUCCUAUUAAGUCAGCAUCUCUUGAUGAAUGUUGAGAAGCUGUUCUUGGUGAUGUUAUAAAUCCUCCCCCUGUGGUAAGGAAUAAGUGACUUGCCAGGGCUCCGACAUUGAUUUUGCACAGCCAAGUUUAGUAGGUUCCUAAAACCUUUUUUACCUCCAGAGCAAAAGUCCUCUGACUUGCAGGCUUUUAUCUUCUUUAUGUUUAAUAAACUCAGCUUUGACCCUCAAGACUGAGCACUGACAUCUCUCUCUUGGCCCUGAAUCAGUGACCCUCGUGAGUCAGAGUUCCCAGAAGCACCCAGAACACAAGAAGUUACCAGGAACAAGGACCAUAGAUAGCAGUUAAAAAUAGUACCGCUAGCUGGCCUAGUAGCACACACCUAAUCCCAGCACUUAGGAUUGGAGGCAGGAGGAUCAGUAGUUUAAGGUCACCCUUUUUACAUAGCCAGAGACCAGCGUGGGCUACACAAGACCCUGUUCCCUAAAACAAAUGUUGCAUUCCAACGAGACAGAAAAAGCUGCCCCAGCCUGUGUUAGUCACAGAAUAAGCCUUCAGCUUAUUCCUACAGAGGAGCGUGUGAAGCUGUGCUGAUAGGGGACAGACAGGGAGCUGAUAUUUGCUCUUUAUAACAAAAAGGUUGGGAAUAAAAUAGAUCAACCAUAAGAAUAAACUGGACACGUGCCUAUAAUUCCAACACUCAAGAAUUGAAGACGGAAGGCUUGCUGUGACUUUGAGGCUAACAUGGGCUCCAUGGUAAAUACCAGAGUAGCUAAAGCUACCUAACUAGACCAUCUCAGAAAGAUACAGGUUUGAAACACUGUUCUUGAGUAGGCAUGUGUCCUCAGGUCUUGGAAGGAGUAAGGGAGGGCUGUUGCCCAGGACAGUGGUCUCACAUACCAAACUGUUGUGCUACUGAGAGCCAGUGUGUGCACUGCAGAUGCCAGGCAGACGUGGUAGCUCCAUUUCCUCAGCAAGAACAAUGGUGUCCUGGUCAGACUAGUUCUUUUUCAGAGCAGCUUUAGUCACUUAAAAUUUUACAUAUAACAGAAACCCCCUUGGGGAAUAGCACCUAAGGGAUUGGACAGAAAUGCACCUCCAUGGCUUUCUCUGCAACCAAAAUAGAGACCACUCAUCCAUCCUCAGUGUGACCUCAUGUCCCUUGAGUAACCUCCCAUCCGUCUGCUCAGCCCAAGCCGCCGCUGUCUGCUCUGCGUUGCUGUGUACUCAGUGAAAUCAGUAUUUUAUUUGUGUGUGGUUUCACUCAGCGUGGCUCUGUGAAAAGCAUCCAUCUUGUUACUUGAGUCCGUUUUCUUCAGAGAGUCGUGUUCUGUUACAUGAAGAUGCUGUUAUCCUAUUGGUGUGGACCUCAGCUGUUUUUAGUUUGGGUUAUUAUGAACAUUUAUAUACAAUGUGUGUGAACAUAUAACUUCAUUUUUCUUCAAUAAAUAUUGGUGGUAAAAUU